GGCUCCCACACCAGCUUUCGCCGCCGCUGUCUUGUGCCCUCACGCGCCACGCCUUUAUUCUGGUUCUUCUCGCAGUAAUGCCCCGCCUUCAGGUGUAGUGAACCAGGGUGUUGUGGGUGUGGCGAGUACUGGUGUGUGUGUGUGUGUGUUUGUGAGGACGGGGUGUAGAGGUGUGGUUGUGGGUGGCGGGCGUGGUGGUGGCGCCAGGAGUGGGCAGCCCGGGCCAGUCGCCAACCACUGGGCGGGCCUGGUGCAGCGCCGCCGUGCUCCUGGUGUGGUGCAGGCAAGGUGAGGCAGUGACAUGCAGUGCCGGUCCCUCGCACUGUGACGGGGGCCAUGGUGCAGUGUAGUGUGUCCUGAGUGAGUAGUGCAGUAGUGAAGUGAUGGCCCUCAGGGGUCGGGAGAGAGGGGCGCCGCUCCCUUGUGCGUGCCCGCGGCAGCCCCAUCAUCACCACAGUGACAUGAGGCAGGUGGCCUGCCCGCCCACGCCUCCUACAGCGUGACGCCUGCUGACCCCAGGACACCAUGGAGGGUAGGAGACGACAGGAGAGGAGGGAGGGAAAGGACAGGAAGGAUGGAAAGGACGGAAAAGCGGGUCAGGCGGGCAAGACGACCACAGCCAAGCUGAAGGAGCGAUGGCUGCUCACCAGGAAGACGUGGCGCUACAUGAGCGACGCGGGGAAGAAACUGUUUCCUGAUGGCGUCAACCCGCAGAAGACGGAAGAUAUACCUCGGGUAGAAGAACACUUUCAAAAAAUUAACAAUCGUAACCGUGACUUCAUAUUGUGGCCUCAUCCAGCAGAGUCGCCACGCACUGCCCGGCGCAGACGUAAGCGACUAACUAGUGCCACGUCCGACACCACUGACACGGGUGACGACUAUGCAGAUACCGACGAUGACAUCCUCGACGGUGUGGGUGGAGGUCACCAUGGCGUCACUCGUGAGGUGGGCAUGGCCGUUGGUGAGGGCAUGGCCCCUAUCAUGGCCAUGGGGAUUGGGAUGGCCACGAGUUCGAGUGUGGGAAUACCUGCAGGAACGAGUGCGUCACCAGUUGCAGCAGGGAGCCCAAGUACCAGCUCUGGUAUAUACACGGGCGCCACCAACUAUGGUCCAGCCUUCCAGAUGCCCCAUCCUGGGGGUGUGCCCAUCACCGGCUACCACAACCUGCCCAUCACUGCUGGACUCGCACGGGAGCGGCUGCUGUCUGCUGGGGAGCUCAGGUACGAACUGCCGCCCGAGGUGUACCAGCAGUUGCUGCGGAGUUAUGGAUCUUGUAACCUGCAGCACGUCGCCUCCCGUCUUCUGGAAGAACAGUUAACUGAAGAAGACGAGGAUGAUGAAGACUCGGGCGAGCUGCUUGAGCUGGUUCUUCCCGGCACCCGCAGCGUCGGGUGUCAGACCGACCCGCACCUUGACAUGUGUGUCCAGACCGAUGACGACGCCACGGCUGAGGACAUGGUUAAGGUUGGAGCGGAGUCACGGAGUGUCACGGAGGCUGCAGCAGCAGAAGCCCAAGCACAAGCUCGAGCACAAGCACAAGCUCUUCAGCAGUCACAAGGGGCAGCAACACAAGCAUCUACUCCAGAUGCAGGCAGCAGUAACACCUCUAUGCUGAAGAAGCUGUGGCAGAGGCGAGAGAGUACAGCCAGCGUUAGCAUUAAACCCGACGACCAGCAACACCAGGCAAAGGACACAUCACCCAAGAAGUUGCCUUCUGAUAAGGAUCGAGAAGCACAGCCUCCAAAGGGUGUAGUGGCCGCUAAGUUGGCCUGGGCAGAGAAGACGGCGGCGGCUGGGGGGGCACCAUUAGGUCCUCCUGGACAAAAGCCCAAACAAGAGAAAACACCAGAGAAGAGCAAGUUAAAAAAUGUGUUUAAAUUAGGGUUAAAGUGUGACGUGGAACAAGGCGGCUCCAACAAAAAAUCGGUCGAAAAAACUAAAAUUGAUAAGUUUAAAACCGUUAAUUAUGAUAAAACUUUACGUAACAUCAAAUCAAAAUGGGUCCCAAGCACUGAACACGAGGAUUUUUUGAGACAGUUUCAAUGCAAAGAUGAGAAAAAGGUGAAGAAAAAGGCGAAGGGGAUCCAAGUGGGGGACCCCCUGCCACAAUUCAUCCUGGCGGGGUUCCGUAUCAACGUCCCCGUCGAGAUAAUCCACCAGCGGCGUCGCUCACGCAGGCGGCUGUCCAAGGCCGAUUCCAGCGAUUUUUCGAGCAGCGAGUGUUCCAUGAGCAUCCCGCCGUCUCUACCCACCUCCCCGCGCUACUCCAUCACCGUCACGGACGACAUGGGCACCAGGAACCUACUCGUUUCCGAGGCUGAGGCUUUCCGACUCAGCCAGAUGGGAGCUCACAUCAUUUACAAGCGCUCCAGUAUUGACGCCUCGGUAGACACAAGUGAAUUCGAAAUGGAGGGCGCCGUAGGGGGACAACCGCAAUACCAGCGGUCUAUAUCGGCCCUCCAGGCGUCUGGUCACCUGGCGCAAAUGAUGUACAAUUUGCGGGGUCGGGCAUCACACCCACAGGUCAACCCAGGUCAGGCAGGUCAUCGAGGUAGCCAGGGACUACUUCAGUCUCUUCUCCCGGCAGUGAUGCAGAGGACGCGGUCCGGGGGCAGCGGGCACACGUCACGACUGGUGGCCAAGAAGAUCUGGCGGGCCAGGUCUAAGAGCCAGUCUAGAGCCUCGGCCGGCACCACCUCCAUCUGGACCCCCAUGGUAAGUACCUCACCAGUUAGUUAUCCCACAGCAGGUGGCCAACAGGUAUUAACACCUGGUGACCACGUGUGUCUUUUCAACUCCUCGAUUACCAAACGUGACGAACAGUGA